ACAUAGAAAUUUUUGGAAAAAAGUACCGUAAUAAUUAUUCAAGUGAUAACCAUUUUGUUGCUAUAUUUAUUUUUAUGUUUCUGUUACAUAUUGUGUAUUAUAUCAAGAAAUCCAUUUCUUAAACAUAUUAUUAUUUUUUCUCUAUAUUAAAAAAAAAGAAAUAAAAUUCCGAACAUAGAUAAAUUAAUGGAUUUUGUUUAGAUACUGUAAGACAAGAAUUAACGGCAACACUGCUACGCUUUGUGACAAAAGUGUUUUCCUUGUUUUGUGACGUUUAAAAAUGCGAAAGAGAGAACUGAAUAUAAGAAGUAAAAACAACUAUAAUAAUUUUUUUAAGUUUAAUUUCAACUAUAAAAAAUUAUUAAUAUAUUAAAAUGAUUGGAACUAAUUUUGGUAUUUAUCGUCCAAACUCAUCUAACUCAAAUGCAGCGAAUUCAGUUGGCUCCGUUGCACCUGAGGAAAGAGCCGCUGUUCAACAAUUGAGCGAUUUUAUGCUGCAACUGGAGGAUUACGUACCCACAGUGCCAGAUGCAGUAACCGCUUGUUACCUAAAUUCUGCGGGAUUCGAAUCAAAUGAUCCCCGUAUAGUUCGUCUUAUAUCGGUGGCUACACAAAAAUUUAUUUCCGAUGUCGCCAAUGACGCAUUGCAGCAAUGCAAAACUCGCUGUAAUAGUCAAAGCAACACGCCGGGGACACAUACACCGGGUCAAAAACCAGUAAAAGAUCGCAAAUAUACUUUAACCAUGGACGACUUGGCUCCCGCACUUGCGGACUAUGGUAUAACAGUGCGAAAAGCACAGUAUUUCCCAUGAGAAAAAUUUAAAUCUAUUAUUGUAAUGGCUUUUUAUUGUACGUUCUAUCAUGAUUAUUCACAUGAAAUAAAUUUAAAAUAUAAAUGA